CGGGCACGGAGCGCGGCACACCCCUGGGGCUGGGGGUGAGGCUGGAGCAGAGCGGGCGUGCGACUGACCGCUCUUGGGGAGGGACAAGGCAGAAGUUGACAAACCGUUAAACUGUUUAAAAGUCGCCAGUUGAAUUCGGAGUGUUCCCCAUGUAGCUUCUUGCUAUCCUGACGGUGCUGCUGGCCCAGUGAGGUCAGCAUGGCCAUACCAAUAACAGUGCUGGACUGUGAUCUCUUGCUUUAUGGUCGCGGUCACCGAACUCUGGACCGCUUUAAGCUGGAUGACGUGACUGAUGAAUACCUUAUGGCCAUGUAUGGGUUUCCACGCCAGUUUAUUUACUACUUGGUGAAUCUGUUGGGAGCCAGCCUUUCUCGCCCCACUCAGCGGUCCAGGGCCAUCAGCCCAGAAACCCAGAUUCUUGCAGCACUGGGCUUUUACACAUCUGGCUCCUUCCAGACCCGGAUGGGAGACACCAUUGGAAUCAGUCAGGCCUCGAUGAGCCGCUGUGUUGCCAAUGUCACAGAAGCCCUGGUGGAAAGGGCCUCCCAAUUCAUCCGCUUCCCAGCAGACGAAACCUCCAUUCAGAGUCUGAAGGAUGAAUUCUAUGGGCUAGCGGGAAUGCCAGGAGUGAUUGGAGUAGUCGACUGCAUCCACGUAGGGAUCAAGGCUCCCAAUGCUGAAGACCUCUCCUACGUGAAUCGUAAGGGCCUGCACUCUUUAAACUGUCUGAUGGUGUGUGACAUCCGGGGGGCCCUGCUGAACGUGGAGACAAACUGGCCAGGCAGCCUCCGGGACUGGGCUGUGCUGCAGCAGUCGGCCCUGAGGAGUCAGUUUGAAGCCGGGAUGCAUAAAGACUGUUGGCUCCUUGGUGAUAGCUCCUUCUUUCUUCGAACCUGGCUGAUGACUCCACUUCAUAUUCCGAGAACCCCUGCAGAAUAUCGCUAUAACAUGGCCCACUCUGCAACUCAUAAUGUAAUUGAGAAGACAUUUAGAACCAUCCAGUCGAGAUUCCGAUGCCUGGACGGGUCCAAGGGAGCCUUGCAGUACUCUCCAGAAAAGUCCAGUCACAUCAUUUUAGCUUGCUGUGUGCUCCACAACAUGUCCCUGGAACAUGGGAUGGAUGUGUGGUCUUCUCCAGUGACUGGACAUUUGGAGCAGCCAGAGGAGGAACACGAGCACAUGGAGGCCCUGGACGCGGAAGCUGACCGCAUGCGGCAGGAGCUGAUGCUCACUCACUUUAGCUAGUCUGGAGUGGAACAGGGGGCUUGGCCAAGCCACUUCUGCCAGUGGGAGGAUGCCUGUCAUCCCUUUGUACUCAAUGUCUGCGCUUUAUGGGAUCUAUCUGCCAAUUCAGUAACUAAAUCAAGCCCACAGUUCUAGGGUUUUUGGUGAACCCCAGUUUGAAAUCCACUUAUUUUGAAACAAAAUGGCUGGCAAAAUCUCAAGUGUUUACAUACACAAAGUAAAAGGGGAAACUAAAGUAAUUAGCAGCUAAUUCAAAUCCCGAUGCCACUUAUGCAUCAGUUAUCAGGAUAUUUCUAAUAAAAGUAAAUUUUCUUGUCUUAAA